GUCCGCCGUCCUCGAUCGAAACAUUACUCGUGGAGCAGCAUGAAAGGCUUCGCUUCUCUCGCCGCCCUCUGCGCAUUGGCCAGCCCCGCGUUCGCGCACACCAUCUUCCAGGAGCUGUACGUGAACGGAGUGGAUCAAGGGCACCUCACCGGAAUCCGUGUCCCGGACUAUGACGGGCCCAUUACGGACGUGACCUCCAACGAUGUCAUCUGCAACGGCGGCAUCAACCCCUACCACCAGCCUAUUUCGAAGGCGAUCAUCAAUGUGCCGGCUGGUUCGCCUGUGACUGCUGAAUUCCACCACACGCUUGCUGGAGCUGACCCGAGCGACUCUGCCGACCCCGUUGACCCCAGCCACAAGGGGCCCGUUAUGGCUUACCUCGCGAAAGUCAACAACGCUACCGACAUGACCGUCACUGGUCUUCAGUGGUUCAAGAUCUGGGAGGACGGAAUGGACAGCAGCCAAGUGUGGGGCGUUGACCGUAUGAUCGCGAACAAGGGCAAGGUCACAUUCAGCAUCCCGAACUGUAUCGAAGCUGGCCAGUACCUGCUCCGCGUGGAGAUGAUCGCUCUGCACGGUGCCUCAAGCUACCCUGGUGCUCAACUCUACAUGGAGUGCGCUCAACUCCAGAUCACCGGCGGCGGCAGCACCAAACCCGCUACUGUCAGCUUCCCUGGUGCAUACUCGGGAACCGACCCGGGCAUCAAGAUUAACAUCUACCAGAAGCUGUCGUCGUACACUAUCCCUGGACCUUCGGUGUUCUCGUGCAACGGCCCGUCCGCCCCCGCCCCGUCUACGUCUGCUCCUUCUCCGCCGUCCAUCCCGAUAACCCCGGUAUCAACUCCUGCAUCGACCCCCACGGGCGCCGCAGGAACUGUUGCGCACUACGGCCAGUGCGGCGGAGCGACCUACAGCGGACCGACUGCCUGCGAAGCUCCUUUCACUUGCGUCACGUCAAGCCAAUACUACAGCCAGUGUCUUUAGUUGAGCGAGAAAGGAUAGAGUAUCGCGAGCGCCGGGGUUCCGCAAUAUUCCGCGUUGUAUUGGUGUUUGGUCGUUACGUUAACUUCUCUAAGCUAAAGCUGC